AUGCAGAUGCAGCGCUUCGUGCUCUGGGCCAUGCUGGAUGCGGACCGCCAACAGACCAUGGCGCAAUUCUACCAGAGCGAAGUGGUCGGCAAAUUCAAUCUGCUGAGAAUCCACGAGGCAGAUCCAUUAAACUUCUUAUUGCGUAUGGAGUGCACGGUCAAAGUGACGGAUGGACAAGAAAAUGGUCUGCGAGCUCGUGUGGAGACGUUGCUCAACACCAUGGAGCAGCUCUACUUGCACACGAGCUAUUCGUCUACCCACGCGCUCGUUAGACUUAUUCUUCAUCCGGUGGGGAAAAUAAUUAUUGGAUACGUGCAGCGAUUUCAAUACGCGCUUGCACUUGAUCCAAAGCGGCUUUCGAUUGCGGUAAGUGCUGCUGCAGCCGCUGGUCAACAUGAUGCGGCUAAAUUGCUGCUUCAGCACGGAUCGACUCAGCGCGUUCCAAUUGAUGCCGGUUCGUUCGCACAUGCAGUGGAGAGUGCUCCAGACGACGUUAGUCGAUUGAAAGUCGCCGAUUUAUACAUGAACGCAAAGGAGAACGGGCUCGUUUACAUAACGCAGGGCACAGACAGUAGUAUCGUCAAUUAUCUGCUGCAGCACGCCAUACUGGAUGGCAAUUUUAAGCACAUGAUGGAGCUCAUGCACGAGAUGCAGCUGUACGGUAACAUGGCAAGCAACCGAACAAAAAAAAUGCCGGAAUGUCCAACGAUUAUGGAGCUGAUCGACAGGUUCCCGAACGUCAUUCCACGCUCCGUACAUUCGUUCUCGCAAGGCGUGCUGUACAGUUUAUUUUCUGGAGACCUUGGGGUAGCGCUCGAUCUCAUGCGUGCAGCACUCCGGAACAAGGCUGUGACGUUGCGGCCGGAAAUCUACUCUCAGCUUUUGUACCCACUGCUCGCAGGCGGACAACGAGGCGGAGACGAAUCCAGUGAUGCCAGUGUGUUUGAUCGCUUAGAGGUGGAGCGGUGCUUCGACCGCCAGUACCCGAGACAGCGCACACACUUGAACUCGCUGGUUGUGAAUAUCUGUCAGUCCAACGACGACUUUUCGACCAUGCUGGUGUGUUUGGACCGCUGGCAAGCACAAGACCAUCCACCAAUGAGUCGAAGAGUAAUGAAGCGUGUGUUUGACGUGAUCUGGAAGCAAAUCCGGCAACUUCAAAAGGAACAUGACGAGAUUUUGCCCGGGACCGCUUUUAUCGUAGACGGCAUGGAGCUAUCGUAUUGGCCUUUCCUCGUACGGUACAGUAGAAUCGUGACUUGGGAUGCGUGGACACUUGAAUAUGCGAUUGUUCGUGCUCGUACAAGUGGCCUGCAUGCCGAUGUGGUUGCUAUACUGGCGGAGGCCGACUCACGGGGUCUGGUGCUGAAUAGCACUGCGUACAUCGUGUCGCUCUGCGUUUUAGAAGAGGUUGGCGAGCCCUCCGCCGUUGUCGCAUCUUGA